AUGCCUCAAAUCGAAUAUGUCGACAAGUUGGAUAGACAAGUCAAAGAUCUGCUUGCUCUCGUCCACCUUCUUUUAUUUCUUUUUCUCCUCUCAAUGGUCUUGGGAUACGCAAACCUUGGAAUGAGAAUGCAUCGCCGAUUGCAGGAUUACAAACGAAAAGUAGCAAGUGUUUUCCGGGUUGCUUUUAAUGUCAGGUAGUUUCAUAUUUCCAUUUUCAGGUCAAGCGAGGGAAUGAUCCAAGAAUGAUUGUUAUCCAUCGAAUCGAAGGAGCCAACCUAUCCGGAAGCGAAAGGUCGUCAAAGAAAAAGAAGGGGCAAAAAGAGGAAAGGAUCAAGGUUCAGAAGAAAAUCUUCUUUGAGAGUGAUACCAAUACGAAUAAUUAG